UAGGGUUUGGGAAGAACGGCCAUGGGGAGGAGGUCGUAGCGAGGCGCUGGCGCUGUUCUUGGGAGAUUUCUCGAUCGCUGGGAAAAUCUUGAGCUGCUUCUCUGCGCGAUCGCGUAAUCCAGGGAUGUUUGUGGGAGCAGAGGUGCAGUAGCUAGUGCCUUGCAGUGCGUGACGCUGGACGGUCUCAAAAUGCUGGAAUUGAAGAACGGCAUUGGUGCCAAGCGAUAUGUCAAAGGCAUCUCUCUGGGAGAAGGAACUUAUGGAGUUGUGUUUAAGGCUCUGGAUACACAGACAAAUCGCACAGUCGCCGUAAAAAAAAUCCGGCUCGGCAAAUACAAGGAAGGAGUUCAUGUCACCGCAUUGAGGGAGAUCAAACUCUUGAAAGAGCUCCGCGAUCCCAACAUCAUCGAGCUCAUUGACGUUUAUCCACACAAAAGAAAUCUACAUCUGGUCUUUGAAUUUAUGGAGAGCGAUCUGGAAGCAGUGAUCCGUGACCGAAACAUUCUCUUAUCGCCCGCAGACGUGAAGUCUUAUAUGCAAAUGUGUCUCCGGGGACUCGCUCACUGCCAUAAGAAGUGGGUUUUACACAGGGAUUUAAAACCCAACAAUCUGCUUAUAUCUUCCGAUGGACAACUCAAGCUUGGGGAUUUUGGUCUGGCUCGCAUUUUUGGGAGCCCAGACAGAAAGUUCACACAUCAGGUUUUUGCACGGUGGUAUCGUUCUCCUGAGUUGCUUUUUGGAAGCAAGCAGUAUGGAUCGGGAGUGGACAUUUGGGCCGCGGGCUGUAUUUUCGCAGAGUUGCUUCUUCGCAGGCCUUUCCUACAGGGUUCGAGCGACAUAGACCAACUUGGAAAGAUAUUCCAAGCGUUUGGAACUCCGCGAGAGACGCAGUGGCCGGAUAUGACUUCCCUUCCAGACUAUGUCGAGUUCCAGUUCACUCCGGCGCCUGCACUGCGCUCCCUCUUUCCCAUGGCAACGGAAGACGCCUUGGACCUCCUGUCUAAGAUGUUCGCCUUUGAUCCCAAAGCGAGGAUAACUGCACAGCAGGCUUUAGAGCACAGGUAUUUUUCCACGGACCCUGCUCCAACUAAAGCUCACUUGCUUCUGAGACCAGCUUCAAAAGCCGAGGGUAUGAGGCCACCACCGGAGCUGGCUUCUCCCAAGGAACCAGUAGUGCUCUCACCUCCUGCCAAAGCGAGGAGGAUAUCUUUGUUCCCCGGCGUCGCGGGCGCUGAACACAUCCAUCACUCGAAAGAAUCGAAAGAUGGCUCUAGCGCAGCCACGGUUGGCGAGACACCGAGUGAUCACAGCGGAAUGGCAAUGUCCGUGGACGCAAGGAUGACCAUUCGUCCAACGCUCAGCAGUACUGACAGAUCUUACCUGAAGAGAAAGCUUGACAUGGAUGUUCAUUUCGAAGAUGAGAGACACGUUUAGCCAUCCGCCUUUCAAAUUGUUGCACAACCCGAAGAAUAAGCGAGCAAGAGGGAUUGCUUCGUAAGUUUUGUACAAGUAGCUCACACAAGGCCGAUCAAUAUUUUUGACGAGAAGAGGUAUGGAACUUUUUAUCUAGCUCACUCCAAUAGCGCUUCGUUUCAUAAAAAAAACGCCAGUUGACUGUGUUAUGUAAGUUCCAGAAAAUAUGCAAGCGCCUAGCCGAACGGGCAUUGUCUUUACGAACUUCUCGGCCUCGCCAACUUCCGGCCCGAUGGAGUUAAACUUUGCUUCACUCCGAGCUUAAAUAGCCGUAAUAACCUUGUGUUUAAUUUGAAGGACAAAAGUAUUGCAUUUGGAAAUUAAAUUUGUGGAUUUUUAGGGUUUAUAGAAA